AUGGUCAAGGAGCUGCAAGGGUUGUUGGGUCCUGAGCCCACAGCAUGUCGAGGAGCGGUGGGCGACAGGAGCUAUGGCAGUGCACAAGUGAACGCUGCCAGGGCGGUACAUGACUUCAGCGGGGUGAAGCUCUUGCUACAGAUCUACCUCAACGCCAAGAUCUUCUACACGAGGCAACAGCUACAAGACAGGUCGGUGGAGAAGAGCAUGUACGACGUGCGGUCAGUGGACAUGAUGACGGGAAGGAAGGCGGCUGAUCGCAGUGGCAGAGAAAGCGCUCUGACUUGCAUCAUCCACUCCUACCGCGCGUACCCCAAGGUAGGAAAGAGCUUUCAGAUCAAUCGAGAUGUCCUCUCAGCAGUAAUGAGCACAUUAGAACACAACCUGUUUGUUGCCGACUCAGGUGUGCUGAGAGUCGGUUCCUGCGACAUGAUGGAUGAAGUUUGCUCUGCAGUCUUGUGCGGAAGAUGUUGUGAGAUGAUCAGCGUCCUCUGCAAACUCGACAACAAGUUCUUCACCCUCGGUGACCUCAGGGAUUUUUCCUUCCACACGUUCGCGAUCAGCUACUGCCUCUCAGCAGCCUCGUAUGAGAGCGUGCUGGCAUCGGCUGUGCUGGAGGCUGACGCGAGGGAUCUUACGUUUGUUCGUAAGGAGCGAGCCCUGACCGAGAUCGCAAGGUUGAAGCAGCUCUCAGAUGGUUUCUUCGUCCUCGCUUCGGAAGAAGGCUAUCUUCGUCUUGCUGAGAUUGUGCAUGUCUGGAGCUUCAGCAGAGAACGAAAACGCCUGAGGAAGGAGAGAAACAAGACGAUGGAAGGAGGGGAAGGAGGCAGGAAGCGAGAGGAGGAGCAUGAGGGGGAAGGAAACGACGACGACGACGAGGAGGAGGAGUGUGAAAGUCUCAGCAAGACUUGGACAAGCAGGAGGAUGAGGGCUGACAGAGUUUCAGUUGAGAUGUCACUCACUCUCCUCCUCGACAUGUUGAGGUUCGGGAAGAAUUCCACCAUUUCCAUUAGGGAGCAGCUCCUGCCCUAUGGUCAUGGCGAGCAGGAAGGGGAGGAGAGAGACGGGAAGGGCGAUGAGAGGGGAGGAUACGACGAGGAUGGGGAUGGAUAUCAGCAUGGAGAGCCAUCAGAUCAGCGGGAGGAGGAGCAGAACGUCUUGCUAGCUACACGCAUGAAGGAUUUCUUCCACUCCAGCGGGAUGACCAGGAGACUGUGUAAGAUGAUGCGCGAGGAGGAGGAGGAGGAGGAGGAGGAGGAGCAGCAGCAGCAGCAGCAGCAGCAGCAGCAGCAGCAGGAUACGGGGAGGUUUCUCCAUGCUCUCAUCUCCCUCAUCUCAGACCUCAUCGAGAACCACGAGAACAACGCCAAAGUGCUGGACGAGGAGGGGGGGAUCGAGCAUCUCAUAACGAAGACUUUCUUGACGUUGAAGGUGAUGGCGAUGAGGAUGAAGGAGGAGGAGGAGAAGGAGAAGGAGAAGAAGGUUCAUCGCUACUGGACAUUCCAAGACUUGGUCAACCUCCUGCUGGAAGAAAACCUCUGUGAGAAUCCCACCACCACCACCACCACCACCACCACCACGACAACAACAACAACAACCGCUACCUCCUCCUCCAUGAUCGUCUUUACCAAGAAUCAGGUGAGCGGGAAGAUGCAAGCUUAA